UUUUUGUUGUUAUUUCACCGCUUUGAACUCUUUGCGUUCGCAUGGUCCGAUUUGAACCCGCAUCAGCGCGGUUCGCCACUUGUGAUCGCGCGUUUGUGAAGCGAGGUGUACGCAUUUUGGCUUUCCCCGAUUCGGUACCAUUUCGAUGGCUGAUUGGAGUUGAUGGUGUCGAUGUUUUAGGAGUUUAUAUUCAAUUUUCUGGUCGCGAUCUCAGAGUAUCAUGGUGGCGCUAAAGAAACCAACUCUCUUCUAUACGGCAUCCAUCAUCGUCGGUGUGCUUCAAGUUGUCGGAACUGCCACCGUGAAAGAGGUGAUAUCGUCGAAAUCGGAAGAAACGCUAGUAAGAAUCCCUAGGGAAAACAAGUACUACCGGUACAGCUCAAAUUCUCAAAGUUCGGACAGAAGUGGAGACAAGAUAGUAGAUAGUGAGGAUAACAGAGGGGUGAAGGUUACAACUCCUGUGGAAAAACGGUGUACAACUUGCGACACCGGCUACGCUAGACCUUACAAGCCUUACAGCAGGAAUAGUUAUUACGACAGAUACGACAGGUACGAUGACAGAGAUAGGUCAUACAACGACAGAUACGAUCGGUACGACAGGGAUCGUUACUACGACAGAUAUUAUGACGAUUACGACAGCAGGGAUUAUAGAGGCAGGGGAAAGUAUGGAGGAUAUGGAGGCAGAGACCGAUACGACAGAUAUGACCGCUACGACCCAUACUAUGAUCGGGGUGUAGGGUACGACAACAGGGGAUACGAUAAUGGCGGUGACAGGUACGAUUAUUACAGACCCUACGACGACAAUUACAGAGGAGGAUCGGGCUACUCCAGCCGCAGCUACUAUUCGUCGAGACCCGACUACUACGGCACCGACGCGUACUACGGCAGUAGCGGUACUGGUUACGCCAGGGACUACGGAUACAACAAGGACGACUACAGAGAUCGGGGAUAUGGAGGAUAUGGUGGAUAUGGAAGCGGUUACGGUGGCGGCUACGGAAGCUAUAGCGGCUCGAGAUACAGAGACCCUUACUCUUACGAAUCCGGAUAUAGAUCGACGAGCUAUCUCUACGACAGAGCGUCGUCGUCUACUUCUACAAUCAUGCCCAAAUCGGAGAGCGAUGGAGGCAAUACUCCAAGUCCCAACCAAGAUGUCGGGAAUUCCGGAUAAAUUAUUUCUUUUUAAGUUGGAAAGUGUUUACGUUUAAUAUACUACAAUCGAUACUAGUUAUAAGAAUAAGUUUCUCUCGUUCUUUACCGAAAUGACGCGUCAUUUUUGAAACCUAGAGUUGAAAUUCUAUCAAAGGAUUAGUUUGGUCGAUUUAAAAGAUAUUCUUAUGGGUAUUAAGCUCCCUUCUUUGUUUGAAUUGGAACAUACGUUUUCUUCGCCUACAAAACUACGUUACUAUAAGAUACAACGUAACACACUGAUUUUUUGACCUUCGCAUUAUAUCAUAUCUUGCUGAGUUUAAAAAUGGGGUUCCGUUCAGAUGCUUUCUAACAGGUAGAUGCUUAAAUGAAACGCUUCGAUUGAUAUUCUUUUUUAUUUAAAAAUUCUACUUCACUACCCUCUGAUUUGCUACAAUAAUCCAAAAGAAAAAAUGACACGUUUCCCUCGUACGACAACGGCAAUUACAAGGAACGUGUUUUUACAAGCCGACAGUUACGGAAAUGUUUUUCGGGAGUUAAUCCUAUUUGGAAUUAUCCAAAACCAAAAACAGCGAUCGAUACAGGCUUACUUCUAAAUCGAUGUAGUAUUUAACAGUCUUACAAUUAGAUAACGUAGAUAAACUAUUCAAAAUAAACGAAUCGAACUUUUAUAGAAAAAACAUCUGCGCAACAAAAAGCAACCGGAACGAUAUAGAAAUCCCAACACCUGUAAUAGAAUGUCGAUUUAGUAUUGCAACUCGUUUGUGGUGUUAACUUUUUAUCGCUAAGGUUUUUAGUGUUUAGUUUUUGAACAUUUUCAAUAAAGUCCAUAAAACAGC